AUGGCAUCCCAAUCCUCAAGGGUGUCUGCCACUUCAGAAGAUCAAGGUGAUUCAUCCAACUCAAAAAAAGAGGUGAUCAUGAAGGAGAUUGAACAUGAUCAACCCUCAAACUCUAAUCCCAACAAGUCUAUUGAUUUCGUUAAGCUAUCCAAAGACGAUUCAGUUCUCGGGUCGGAGGUGCAAGAACACAACUUUUUCGGCCCUAUUCAAGGUGGUUCAUCAUAUUUUUUUCGUAAUAACAACAAUGAAGGGAAAGAUGAGAACAACAAUGCUGAGAACAAUUCAGAUUCAAAGUCUUUUUCAUGUUGUUUUUGCAAGAGAAAAUUUUCUACAUCACAAGCGUUAGGAGGACAUCAGAAUGCCCAUAAGGCUGAACGUGCCUUAGAAAAACAACGUAAACAAAAGUAUGAAAAUGGUGUUUUUGGUUUAGGGCAACCUUACUUUAACCCUUAUUUUAGUUAUCCAAAUACUCUUUUUACACCCUCUUAUUAUAAGGGGCUUGGAACUAGAAUGGAAUCCAUGAUUCAAAAGCCAUCUUAUAUUAACCCUAGGAUUACUCCACAUAGUUUUGGCCCUUUUGGGUAUGAUAAUGGUGCUUUAUCUUUGCAAGAGAUAUUAAACCCUUCACUUGUUAGUUUGAGAAAUAAGAAUCAUGGGGUUGGAAUUCUUGGUAUUGGUGGUGCAAGUACUUCAAGGAUAGAAGAUGGUACAAAUAAUAAAAUUGGUGCUAUUCUAAAAUUAGGAGAUUCUUCUACAAAUGUUGCUACAAGUUCAAACUCAAAGGUAGAAAAAGAUAUCAUUGUGGCUCCUAUUUCUUCCAAUAAUGAUAUUCAUGAUCAAUCAAAGUCCAAGUCCAACAAUGAAGAAGAACCCUCUGAUUCUGAAUCUUUUGAGCUUGAUUUAUCACUCAAGCUUUAA